AGGUCAGCGCGCAGGCGCAAUGCGUCAUUCUAAGGCUGCGAGCUGCAGUCCGCUCCUUACUUCCCUUAACCUGUGAGAAAGGAAGAUGGUGCUGGACCUGGAUUUGUUUCGCGUGGAUAAAGGAGGGGACCCAGCCCUAAUUCGAGAGACGCAAGAGAAGCGCUUCAAGGACCCGGGACUAGUGGACCAGCUGGUGAAGGCUGACAGUGAGUGGCGACGAUGCAGAUUUCGGGCAGACAACUUGAACAAACUGAAGAACUUAUGCAGCAAGACAAUCGGUGAGAAAAUGAAGAAAAAAGAGCCAGUGGGAGGUGAUGAAUCUGUUCCAGAGAAUGUGUUGAAUUUUGAUGACCUCACUGCAGAUCUAUUGGCUACUCUGAAAGUAUCACAAAUCAAAAAAGUCAGACUCCUCAUCGAUGAAGCUAUCCUAAAGUGUGAUGGUGAGAGGAUAAAACUGGAGGCAGAGCGGUUUGAGAGCCUCCGAGAGAUUGGGAACCUUCUGCACCCUUCUGUGCCCAUCAGUAACGAUGAGGAUGCAGACAACAAAGUAGAACGGAUUUGGGGCGAUUGUACAGUGAGAAAGAAGUACUCGCACGUGGACCUGGUGGUGAUGGUAGAUGGAUUUGAAGGAGAAAAGGGAGCUGUGGUGGCAGGUAGCCGAGGGUACUUUCUGAAGGGGGUCCUGGUGUUUCUGGAGCAGGCGCUUAUCCAGUAUGCACUCCGUACUUUGAGAAGUCGUGGCUACACUCCCAUUUACACUCCCUUUUUCAUGAGGAAAGAAGUCAUGCAGGAGGUGGCACAGCUCAGCCAGUUUGAUGAGGAGCUUUAUAAGGUGAUUGGCAAAGGCAGUGAAAAGUCUGACGACAACUCCUAUGACGAGAAAUACCUAAUUGCCACCUCUGAGCAGCCCAUUGCUGCUCUGCACCGGGACGAGUGGCUCCGGCCUGAGGACCUGCCCAUCAAGUAUGCAGGCCUGUCCACCUGCUUCCGUCAGGAGGUGGGCUCCCAUGGCCGUGAUACCCGUGGCAUCUUUCGAGUCCAUCAGUUUGAAAAGAUUGAACAGUUCGUGUAUUCAUCGCCCCAUGACAACAAGUCAUGGGAGAUGUUUGAAGAGAUGAUCACCACUGCAGAAGAGUUCUACCAGUCUUUGGGGAUCCCUUACCACAUUGUGAAUAUUGUCUCAGGCUCUUUGAAUCAUGCCGCCAGUAAAAAGCUCGAUCUGGAGGCCUGGUUUCCAGGCUCAGGCGCCUUCCGUGAGUUGGUCUCCUGCUCUAAUUGCACAGAUUACCAGGCACGACGGCUCCGAAUCCGAUAUGGGCAGACCAAGAAGAUGAUGGACAAGGUGGAGUUUGUCCACAUGCUUAACGCCACAAUGUGCGCCACCACCCGGACCAUCUGUGCCAUCCUAGAGAACUACCAGACAGAGACGGGCAUCAUUGUGCCUGAGAAGUUGAAGGAGUUCAUGCCCCCAGGCCUCCAGGAACUGAUCCCUUUUGUGAAGCCUGCACCCAUUGACCAGGAGCCAUCCAAAAAGCAGAAGAAACAACAUGAGGGCAGCAAAAAGAAAGCGGCAAAAGAGGUCACACUGGAGAACCAGCUGCAGAACAUGGAGGUCACUGAUGCCUGAACGCUGCCUCCUCCUGGUUUGCCAGGCUGUAUCAGCUGGGAUCUCAGGGCCUGCCCUGGAGCAGGGAGGCCGAGCACCACUCCUCACCCUGCCCCAUCUGACUGCACAGCUGCAAGGGACCCAUCUGCCAUGCAGAGUGCAGGUGUUCCCCAUCUCCUUGCAUGGGUCUAGGGCCUCCUCACUGAUGACUGGUAAAGCCAUGCAAUAAAGCAGCUCUGGGGAGGUGCAAGAUUUCCUGAGUCUUCUUCCCAGUCUUGAA